AUUAGACGACGGAUAAUAGACGACGGUUGUUACGGACUGGAUCUAGCCUUACCGUCGUCGUCUGAGGGCGGGAAAUUUAAGAUUAAAAAAUAAACAGACGACGGGGAAUUCACAAAAAUCGAAAUGACAACUUUCAAAAAGACCAGAAAAUUUUUAGUUGAAAGCUAUUUUGAUAACAUUAUCGACGACGAAGAGUUUGUGUUGUUGUAUGAUAGUAAUUUUUCCAAAAAUCCAGCGUUUCCUUACCAAGAAUACGGCAGAUUUUGUCUGGAAAAGUUGGAAAACACUGAAUGCGAAGCUGAGCUGCGAUUCAGAAAAAAUGAUAUACCUGAGCUUGCUGAAGCUCUUGGUAUACCUGAAUAUUUUAAAUGUCCUCAAGGAACGAAGGCAGAUGGUCUUGAAGGAUUAUGUGCUGUUCUGAAACGCUUUGCCUAUCCUUGCAGAUACUCGGACAUGAUACCACUGUUUGGCAGGGCAGUUCCUGAACUGAGCAUGAUCACAAAUGUAGUUGUAGACUACAUUUAUGAUCACCACGGCCACCGAGUUUCUCACUGGAAUGAAAUGCUUUUCAGCCCUGAUAAUCUAAAAGAUUAUGCUAGUUCUAUUUUUUUAAAAGGAGCUGCACUCAAUAACUGUGUUGGGUUUAUUGAUGGAACUGUCCGAGCAAUUUGUCGGCCAGGGAAACUGCAAAGAGCUGUCUACAAUGGUCACAAACGUGUCCAUGCUAUUAAAUUUCAAUCUGUUGCUCUGCCAAAUGGAAUGAUUGGUCAUUUGUAUGGACCUAUGGAGGGAAGAAGGCACGACUCUUUUAUGCUUGCACAAUCUGGUCUACUAAACCAACUUCAAACAUUUUGCUUUACUGAAGAAGGCCAACCUCUAUGUCUAUAUGGAGACCCAGCUUACCCAUUAAGGGUACACCUGCAGGCUCCAUUCAGAAAUGCUGUUUUAACUCAGCCGAUGAAAGAAUUCAACAAAUCUAUGAGCAAAGUUCGCAUAGCAGUUGAAUGGCUUUUUGGAGACAUCGUGAACUAUUUUAAAUUCAUGGAUUUUAAAAAGAAUUUAAAAAUUGGCCUGAGCUGUGUUGGGAAAAUGUAUAUUGUUUGUGCAAUACUACGCAAUGCAUUAACUUGCCUCUAUGGAAAUCAAACCUCAGAGUAUUUUGGUCUAAGCCCUCCCACUCUACAAGAGUAUUUUGGGAACUAUUGACUAAAGACAUUGUAGAUAAAACAUUUAUUGCACACUCUGUAAAGUACAGUACAAUAUUAAAACCAUAUAACCUUAAACGUUUAGUUAUCUCAAGACUUCAUAGAAUAACAAAACAAUGUUCACUGUUUUUUUUAAAUACUAUGUAAAAACUAACAGUUUUUAGAAACUAUAUUUCAAUAUAGUCCAAGCUAAAAUGGAAUAUGAACACUUUAUAUAUAUAAUAGUUUGUCAUAGCUUACUUUCUAUGGCUCAGCUGUGUUAACAAAGUCAGAAUAAGAU